AUGGCAUCACGUAUACUUAAAAUGCUCAGUAAAUUAUUUAGUGCACCAGAAUAUCGCAUACUUAUUAUGGGUCUCGAUGCAUCAGGUAAAACAACAAUUCUUUACAAGUUGAAACUCAAUGAAACUGUUCAAACAAUUCCAACCAUCGGUUUCAAUGUAGAAGUAGUGUUGUUUAACAAAGCUUCACUGACUAUCUGGGAUGUGGGUGGUCGUGAUAAAAUUCGUCCAUUAAUCCGACACUAUUUUCAAAAUACACAGGCUCUUAUAUAUGUGAUCGACUCAAAUGAUAAGGAUCGAUUACCACAAACAACAGAAGAAUUGUGGCGUGUAUUUGACGCCGAUGAUUUAAUCAAUAUACCUCUAUUGAUCUACUUGAAUAAAACCGAUUUACCUAAUGCAAUGAAAUCCGAAUACAUUAUUCAAGAAAUGAGAUUAAAUAGUAUUAAAGAUAGACAAUGGCUAUUGCAGCCAUGCUGUGCUAGGACAGGUGAUGGUUUGUAUGAAGGUUUAAGUUGGUUGGUGCGCUUAUUGCAAUCACCACAUACUUCGGAUACUAGAUAUACACCCAUAGAAUCAAAGAGUAUUAUAUCAACAGCUGAGAACAAUCAGGACGGCGAUAAGCUAUCAGAAUGGUUAUCUCACAUAGAUGAGGAUACAAAUGAAGAAUUCAUUGAGAAAUUUCAAAACAAUCUAUUAUCCAGUGAAACUUUUGAUCAUCGAACAUUGUUGAGAACCAUAUGGGUUUAUUUAACAAUAUACGGCAGACAAAAGACUGUUAAAGUACUAUUUGAUCAUCUAAAAAUGUAUAUAAAAGAUAUGAAUGAAACUUUGAUUUAUUUUUGGCUUCAAAUCGUACAUUAUGCAUGCGAAGCAACGAAAAAUCCAACAAAUGAUUUUACGGGUUUAUUAUUAAUGAAUCCUCAACUUCUGAACGAAACCGAAGUCCCACUGAGCUAUUACAAAAAAGAUACACUGCUUAGUACUCAAGCGAAAACAGCCAUGGUUUUGCCUGAUAUAAAACCAUUGCCAAGCAUUGUACCUGGAUCGUUCGCUCCUUAUAAGAAUGUAAUGAAUAAAACCAGUGAUUCAACCCUGGACCUAUCAAAUAAUGAAUUAGAUGAUGAUGAAUUUCUAAGAAGCUUUGAAUCGUAUACGUUAAAAAGUUGGCCUCAUAAAAGUCAUUUACGUAUGGUAUGGCUCUAUUUGACGCGUGACGGACGUCGUACAGGAGUCAACAAAAUAUUUGAUGGCUUGAAAAAUUUCAUUGAAAAUAGUGCAAUAGUAAAAAAGACAACAUUUCACUUUACAAUGACCUACUUUUGGAUUCAAAUGAUUGAUUUAGCCAUUGCACAAAGUCCCAAACAGAUCUAUUUCGAAGAAUUCCUUCGGUUAAAUUCUCACUUACUUCAUGAAGAUUUAUUUUUGGAAUAUUACAAAAAAGAAACAAUGUUGAAUAAUCCAAAUGCCAGAAAAGAAAUGGUUUUGCCCGAUAUUAAACCAUUACCAAGUUUAAUAGCAGCUAGCAACAAGAAAUGA